ACUCCUGCUGUACCUGGGAUCGGCCUGAAGCCACUGCCGAAAAAAAGGACAAGCCUGAAAUCCUACAUUGUCCUACUACACAGUACAAAGCCUACAGAAUCGGUCAGGAGCUUACAGAGAUGAUGAGGAAAAGUAUUCUCAGAGGAUGUGAAGAUGUGCAGGAAAAAAAGCGCCCAUUAAUCGUUUGUGGAGAGAUAAACGCCUGAAUAAAAGGAGGAUCAGCAGAGUCACUGGAGAACGGGAGGAUGUGGGAGAAAGCACAGAAAGAAAAGCAACAAGUGGCCAGACUGACUUGGUGCUCCUCAUGCCCCAAGACAUGUCCUGCAUAGAGAAGUGCCAGCCCUGCCAGCCCUGCGGCCCCACCCCGCUGGGCAGCAGCUGCAACGAGCCCUGUGUCAGGCAGUGCCAGGACUCCACCGUCAUCAUUGAACCCUCGCCCGUGGUGGUGACCCUGCCCGGCCCCAUCCUCAGCUCCUUCCCACAGAACACUGCCGUGGGAUCCUCCACCUCCGCUGCCGUUGGCAGCAUCCUCAGCUCUCAGGGAGUGCCCAUCAACUCUGGGGGCUUUGACAUCUCCAGCAUCACCAACUGCUACGGUGGCAGCAGAUGUCGUCCCCGCUAAAGCUGCUGUCAAUGUCCUCAGAUAAUGACCCCAAGGAACUCAGAAUAUGAAGCUGGACAGAGGACCAAACCUUUGUGUCAUUGUUUUAACAGUAGCUGAUCAUCACUGAUUUGCCUGGCCAGGGAAAACUUGAAGAGAUCAACCUGAGGGAGCGGAUACUGGGAUCUCUGAAAAUUUGGCCAAUGUCUACCUCUCCUCUCUUUCACUCUCACCCUUUCUCACUCUUGCCUUUGUUCUCUUGUGCUUCCUUCAAAAUCUGCUGUGAG